GCCAAGCUAAAGAUGUCUCCUAAAUUCGCACUUGCAAUUCUGCUCCUCAGCUGCGUUCUCCUGGGACUGAGCAAUGCCCAGCACAACAACAGGCGCCAUCAGGCUGGGCCUUACCGACAAAAAAUUGGUACUCGAAUGAAUGCCGACGGCCCUUUGCCGCCAAAUUUCCCCCCUCCGGGUGAUAAUGCUGGAGGCAGUGAUGUCCCGGCAAACGUGGAUUGCAUGCCAAAUCUGCUGGCUAGUAACACACUUGAUACCAGGAAACCUAGGCCAAAGCAUUAAUAGGAAACCCGAAAUGUUCAAGAACUAAACCAAAGCGACAUACUAAGUAGAUGGACGACAAUAAUUGAUGGAAAAUAAAUAUUGAUUUCCCUAAGAAUGAAAAACUAAUAAUUUAUAAAAAAACCUUU